ACGGGCGUAGCAACGGGCACGGCAUGGGCAACUCCUCCAGGAAGGAGGAGGACGAGGAAGAGAAGGAUGGGGAUGGGGAGAAAGUGAAAGUAAUGGAGGAGGAGAAGAGGAGGAGGAAGAAGAAGAAAGAGGAGGAGAUGGAGGAUGAUGAGCUUCCCCUAGGGGUGGAGGAGAUGCUGGCGAGCGGAGAUCCCGUUUUGGACCUGAGCUAUAAGAAGUUUCGCAGGUUGCCCGGUGUGGUCUGUGGGCUACGUCACCUGGAGAAGCUGUAUGUGUGUGGUAACAGCCUGCGGACCCUCCCGGAGAACAUCGUCCAACUGAAGGGCCUCCGCAUCCUGGCUCUAGACUUUAACAAGAUGGAGGACGUCCCGUUGGCCAUCUGCCAGCUCCGUAACCUGACACGUCUCUACCUGGGCUCCAACCGCCUGAUAUCUCUCCCUCCAGAGCUACGCAACCUUCAGAGCCUUCGCUGCCUCUGGAUGGAGAGCAACUACUUCACGUGCUUCCCCCGCCAGCUCUAUGACUUACCCCACCUCAGGUCCCUCCAGAUGGGGGACAACAGGCUGAGGACUCUGCCCCCGGACCUGUGGCGUAUGGAGGCCCUGCGGGGACUGUGGCUCUACGGAAACCGUUUCACCGAGUUCCCCCGUGUCUUACUCCGCAUGGUGGAUCUGGAGAUCUUAGACCUGGACAAGAACAAGAUCGCGGUGUUCCCUAAUCUGAGCCGGCUCCCCGCCCUCCGCCUCUUCUCCUACGACCACAACCCUGUGGAGGGGCCUCCUGGUGUGGGGGAGGAGGUUCUGCUGGUUGGGGAGGGGGCCCAGGAGGAGCUCCAGGAACGGGCAGACAGGAAGGCUAAGAAGGAGCAGGAUGUGAGGGAUGCGGAAGAGGCUGUGCUGGCCGGGGAUGGGCCUGUGAUCCAAGGCAUUCUAAAGACGGCCAAACAGAACAGUGCAUCGCACGCUGGGCACAAGUACAACGAGGUGGUAACUGUGGCGAUGCCCCUAACUGAGGAAGAGAGGAGGAAGGAGGAGAUGGAGGCGGAGUUAGAGAGGGCGUUGAACGACUACGGGGCGGGGCUUGAGUAUGACCUGGAGGGGAUAGAAUAUGACAAGGAGGAGCUUAUAUGUGAGGGGGAGGGGUAUGAGGUUGGGGAUUUGGAGUACGAACGAGAAGAUAUGGACUAUGAGUAUGAGGAGGGGGAGGAGCUAGAGGAACCAGGAAGACAAGGGGGCCGGCAUUGAUGACUGACUGAUUGACUCCUCCUGCAAAGGCUCUGAGUCCUUCCCUCCUAAGUCUAGACUUGUUUGACCUUGCAGCAGACAUUGCAGACUACUGACUGAUCUAGAAGCCACCUUGCAUCAUAAAUAACUACUUAGAAUUAUUUGUAGAUCAGUCAGUCACAAUUUACCAACAAUGCAUCACGGAUUCGAUGCUCUCAGACACAGCCUCUCACCCCUCCCCUUCCUAAACCUAGGACCCCUCCCCUUCCUAAACCUAGGACCCCUCCCCUUCCUAAACCUAGGACCCCUCCCUUUCCUAAACCUAGGACC